AUGAACAUUGAGACGCUCCUGCUGCUUCUGAUCCACUUCCUUUUGUGUCAUGUAGAGACAGGGCAUGUCCAGCCCACGGAUUCGCUGGCAGAGAAGUUGGGCGAGUCGAAGUCCACAGCAGAGUUGCUUCAAAAGCUCCGCGGAGCUGCCGAUGGCGGCGGGAAGCUGCGGCAGGAAGCCCAAGACGCUGAGGGAGAGCGCAGAGACGAGCUUGAAGCAGCGGCUAAACGCGCCGCCGAGGACGUGCGCCACGACGUGGAAGGACUGCUGAACGUGCAGGAGAUCCGGACUUCAAAGACCAAUGCGACCGAGAGGCUCUGUCAGUUGAUUACCUUUCCCCAGCGCUUGCUCAGCGCCGUGGGGUUUAGUGUGGCUUAUCAAGCAUGGUUUGGCAGCUUCAGUAUCGAUCAUGGUAUCAACUAUACGGACUUCUUCAACACUCUAUCAGGCUUCUUUGAAAACGACACUGAAGUUGUAGUGCCGGCAGGUGUUGGCACCUAUCGUGGCCUUCAGGACGCAUCUGAGUACCUCAUCAUUGCUCUUCAGGCGGCAAACAUGGGCUUCUGGCGCACAGGUCCAGAAAUUCUUGAUGCUAGUCUGAUACCAAAUGUCAGAUAUGACGGCAACGUUAUCCAACUCUCAGGAACCGUCACAACUUCUUUUUUCAAUGGCGAGUUUGACGUGGACCUGGUGUAUGAUCUACGGGUUUCGUUUAAGCCCUGCGCCAUUUUUAUUUCAAAGUAUGAAGUACUCUACUCUGAUUCGUUUGGCGACAUUAUCGCUGCCUUCGUCAACACAGUCCGGAACAGCAAGUAUCAAGGCCUUUAUGACAUGUGCAUGUACCAUGAAAAGUACUGUGUUGGUGAGGACAGACAGUAUGACAACUUUACAAGCUGCCUUGAGUACAUGCAGAGUUUGCCUUUGAUUUCGGAUGAGUGUGGCGACAGCCUCCCUCUCGCGAACUACAACGUGAAUGGCUUGGUGCAAGGCUACAAGUUCCCUGCGCAGACAGACUACCAAAGUCCACCUUUUCAGCUAUGGCUGACUUGGCUUCGUGGUGGCUUGGGCGGCUUUUCUCUGAUCGUCUUGGCGCUGACGCCGUGCAUCCCGGGGCUCCGACUGGCUGGUUUGUGUCGCGCAGGUACGCCAGAAUACCAAUCCCUGAGUUACACUGGCAGCCGUCCAGAAUAA